AGCCGAAGAUGUCGGCUCGGUCAUGUGAUCAGCUGUGUCCAAUCACAGCUGAUCACAUGGGACAUGUACACUGAUCAUCAGGACACUGAUGAUCAGUGUGCCCUGAUGAUCAGUGUAGCCCCAGCAGUGCCACCUGUAAGUGUCCAUCAGUGCCUUGUGUCAGUGCUCAUCAGUGCCUCGUGCCAGUGCCCAUCAGUGCCACAUCAAUGCCACAUACCAGUUCCCACCAGUGCACAUCAAUGCCACAUAUCAGUGCCCAUCUGAGCUGCUUUUUAAUGUCACCUAUCAGUGCCAGUCAGUGCCAUCUAUCAAUGUCAGUCAGUGCCACCUAUCAGUCCUGCCAAUCAGUG